AUGAAUUCAUUUUCUGUUGGGCAAGGCAAUCUGACCUGGGUCAUGGAACUACUGAACAGUAUCAAUAUUUCUCCAAAUAAUAUCAUAAACAGUUUCACGGACUACUCAGCAUACUUUUUCUGGAUGUCAGUACUAUUCCUACUCCUUUUUUCCCCUGUUGUAAUAAUUCUUGGUUUUAUUUAUCUUUCUAAUUUUCUCUUGCAUAUUUACAAGAGAAAGGUUAAUUUAAAGGAAGAUUAUCUCAGUCAGUCAUGGGACAAUGGACGGAGGGCUGUGGCUCACCUUUGGGACAUGUAUGGUACAGUGUGGCAUGGUUAUGAGAUACAUGGGAUGGAUAAAAUACCAGAAGGACCAGGGCUUAUCGUAUCUUAUCAUGGAGCAUUUCCUCUAGACUAUUUCUACUUUGUAUCUAGAUUAUAUUUAAGAACAGACAGAUUUUGCCGCACAGUGGUUGAUUACCAUUUUUCCAAAAUACCAGGUACAAAACUCUUUUAUAAUGUGGAAGGCCUUACACAUAAUGGAAGGAACUACCUUAACACAUUCUACGUGGGGCUUUCCUUGAAGACCAUUCAGAAACUCCAACUGGUGCAGAAUGUGGUUAUGCAGGAAGUAAAUGGUGCCAGAUAUAUGACACAUGUAACACCACUCCUGUGUGAGCUGCACUGGUUAUCGCCUGUCAUUCCUAUAUUUACAAAAAAUCUACGAGAAGGAUACAGAGCACUCGGGAAAAUAUGGCCAUUCAAAUGGUUGUAUGAACGUACACGAUGGCCAAUUGUUCCUAUAUAUGGUGGAUUCCCUGUGAAAUUUUGCACAUACAUAGGAGAUCCCAUUCCUUAUGAUCCAAAUAUAUCAGCUGAAGAAUUAGCUGAAAAGACCAAAAGUGCAAUAAAAGAUCUCAGAGAUAAACACCAAGAAAUACCGGGUAAUGUACAAAAGGCACUAUUGGAACGGUUAGAAAAACACCCAGAGAAAUAAUGCCAUUCUGAUUGUGAAAAUGACACCAUUCAUCCCCACCAAGAAAUAUAGUGAUUUGAGAUUUUUUAGAAAAAAAAGUUCACUUCAGUCCCUAAAUUUUAAUAUAU